AUGCCGAAGCGUUCAACUCAUUAUCUUCUUCCUCUUUAACCUCUUCAUCUUGUUAUUAUUCUUAUCUGUUGCAUCAACUUAUUAUCUUUGGUCAUCAGAUUCUAUUGUAAUUGUUAACUUCACCAUGUCAUCGUAUUAACUUUUAUUAUUAUUUUAGGAAAUUAUGAAGAAUAUUAACUUCAUUAUUCUGUGGAGCUUUUCCAGUAUUGGUGUGGGUUGA